AUGACAGGCCCCAGCAUGACAGCACUCGACAUGACAGCACCCAACAUGUCAGCACCCGACAUGUCAGCACCCAACAUGACAACACCUGACAUGGCUGCCGCCGACACAAUACCCAAUAUGACAUCAGAUAUGACAACACCUGAUACGACAGUCUCCAACAAGACAAUAUUCGACAUGACAAUACCUGACACGACAGCACCAGGCAUGACAGACCCCGGCAAGUCAGCCCCCGACACAACAAGACCUAAUAUGACAACACCUGAAAUGAUAAUACCUGACACGACAACUCCCAACAUGACAGAACCCAACAUGACGACACCCAAUAUGACGACACCCAACAUAACAGCGAUGACACUCGACAUGACAAAACUCCACAUGACAGGCUCCAACAUGACAAUACCCGACAUGACAACACCCGACACGACAACACCCAAUAUGACAUUACCUGACAUGACAACACUCGACAUGACAACACCUGACAUGACAGCCCCCUUGAACGACAGCAUCCAGCAUGACAGCCCCGAGACAACAAGACCCAAUAUGACAAUGCUUAAAAUUACAACACCUGAAAUGAUGGCCCCCAACAUGACAAAGCCUGACAUGACAGCCACCGGCAUGACAACACCUGACAUGACAGCCCCCGAUACAAAAACGCCUGACAUGAUGUCAACCAACACAACAGCACCUCAUACGACAACCCUUGACAUGAUAACAGCCAACACGACAGCCUGA